UCAGGUACCAGUAUUUAUUUGGUAUUACCUUAAUGAGGAAGUGAUGGCAUUAGUAUAAUAAGAAAUUAUAGAGUGGGAGGACUGUUUCACAGUGCUUUAUGAGUUUGUUGACUAAAGGCAGGCAUCAGCCAGCUGUCCCUCCAAACAUACCCAGGUAAAGAGCUCCGACAGCAGGUGUGACCUGCUCCAGUUGGUUUCAAUAUUUAACAAGCCCUGAAAAAUUCAUCACUGCCUGCUUUGUUUUUCGCCACACGUGUGUCAGACUUAUUUGGGUAGAGUAGGCGUCUGCUCGGCGGGGGGGGGUUUAUGUUUCUCCAAUGAAUACUACUGUCAGGAUGGUUAUCGUUAAUGACUUGAUUCCAUUAAACUUCACUACAGAGUCUGCUUGUACCCGACACGUCUAAUAAAUCUGUUAAGCACUCACCAGCGAUUUAAUCUGUCGGGUGCGCACUCUACAGUCGUAAUCUAAUGUGACCAGGUCAGAAGAGAGAGCUUUAAAGACAAGCAGAUUAGCUGAGAAAAUGCUGAUUGAUCAGUUUCUUUGCUGCCAUGCGUUGGAAGUUGAUACUGUGACGACAUCACACGCGUCUCCUUGAAAGUUUUCCAAUGCGUGAUGCUAAAACCUGUAUGAUGUCAGAUGACCAGUGGUUCUGAUGUCACAGGAAAGGAAUGCUAUUUUUUUUAAAACCUUUUUUUAAGACUUAAAUCAGCAACAAACAGGAUCCUGAUCCCCUUCCUAAACUCUCUCCAUGCUUCAGACAAAGAGAAGGAGCAGCAGCCUGGAAGUUUUUCUUGUGGAAACCUCAGUAGAUGCCUCUCAGAAGCUCUAUGUGCUGCUGCUGUUGUUGUUGUUGUAAGACACAGAGAGCGAGCAGGAUGGAGGUGUCCUGCCUGGAACUGGCGCUGGAGGGUGAGCGUCUCUGUAAGGUGGGCGACUACGGAGCAGGCGUCUCCUUCUUUGAAGCCGCCAUCCAGGUUGGCACAGAGGACCUGCAGGUGCUCAGCGCCAUCUACAGCCAGCUGGGCAACGCCUACUUCCACCUGCAUGACUACGCUAAGGCCCUGGAGUUCCACCGGCAUGACCUCACCUUGACCAGGACAAUUGGUGACCUAAAUGGAGAAGCCAAAGCCAGUGGAAACCUUGGCAACACAUUAAAGGUGCUGGGGCGGUUUGACGAGGCUGUGGUUUGCUGUCAGAGGCACUUGGACAUAGCCAGGGACAUUAGUGACAAGAUGGGUCAGGCGCGAGCUCUGUAUAACUUUGGGAACGUGUACCACGCCAAAGGCAAAAGUAUCUGUUGGAGCGGAGCCGAGCCUGGAGAUUUCCCAGAGGAGGUCAUGAUGGCGCUGAGGAAGGCAGCUGAGUACUACGAGGCAAACUUGGCGAUAGUGAAGGAGCUUGGGGAUCGCGCAGCUCAGGGUCGAACGUACGGAAACCUCGGCAACACGUACUACUUGUUGGGAAACUUUCGCAAAGCGGUAACUUCUCACGAACAGCGAUUGCUCAUAGCUAAGGAGUUUGGCGACCGCUCGGCAGAGAGACGGGCAUACUGCAACCUGGGGAACGCUUAUAUCUUUCUGGGGGAUUUUGAAGUGGCAGCUGAGCAUUACAAGAGGACGCUGCAGUUGGCGAGGCAGUUGAAGGACCGAGCUGUGGAGGCCCAGGCCUGCUACAGUCUGGGCAACACCUACACACUUCUCCAGGAUUAUGAGAGAGCCAUAGACUACCACCUCAAACACCUCAUCAUAGCCCAGGACCUCAAUGACAGGAUUGGGGAGGGCCGUGCAUGCUGGAGUCUUGGAAAUGCGUACACUGCUCUGGGGAACCACGACCAAGCCAUGCACUUUGCUGAGAAACACCUGGAGAUCUGCAAAGAGACUGGAGACAGGAGCGGCGAGCUGACGGCUCGUAUGAACGUGUCUGAUCUCCAGAUGGUUCUGGGUCUCAGUUAUAGCACUAAUAGCUCUUCUAUUUCAGAGAAUAAGGAAAUAGACUACAACCUGCAUGGAGCGAGGCCCAGGAUGAGCAGACGACACAGCAUGGAGAACCUGGAGCUGAUGAAACUCACUCCAGACAAGAUGAAUGGUCAGAAGUGGAACAGUGACAUCCUGACCAAACAGUCCAAACCCUCCAUGUCUAAGACUUCCUCCAAGCUGUUCUUUGUCAGCCGUCUCCGUGGGAAGAAGUAUAAGACUGGGGGCUCCAGUAAGGUCCUCCAGGACACCAGCAACACCCUGGACACCAGCCAGACGGCCGUACAGGGACCACAGAAGCGACUCAGUCCUGACAUGCUCGGAGACGAGGGCUUCUUUGACCUGCUGAGCCGUUUCCAGAGCAACCGUAUGGAUGACCAACGCUGUUCAAUACAGGAUAAGGGCAGCAGGGUAUCAUUAAACAGCGGUCCAGAGUCGCCUCCCAGAUCUAUCAGGAAAUCUGUAUCAGAGUCUGCCAACGUCUCUGGCGCCCACGGCCGGCGGUUAGAGGAGUCGUCAGCAGCAGGGGGAAGCCUGCCCGGCCUCAGGCUCAAUCAAAACAGCAACCAGGCCGUGAUCAGCCACCUGAUGGCCAAUGCUGACAACGCCGAGCCUGACGACGACUUCUUCGAUAUGCUCGUCAAGUGCCAGGGGUCCCGUUUGGACGACCAGCGCUGCGCCCCUCCCCCUCCUCCGGUCCGGGGGCCGACUGUACCAGACGAGGACUUCUUCAGCCUCAUCAUGCGCUCUCAGGCCAAACGAAUGGACGAGCAACGCGUCACCCUGCCUUCUGCAGCCAACGCUACAGCCAGGCCCGGCACCAGCUCCAACUGAACUAAGCACUAAAAAGGGACAGCCAGGUUUUUAUUUCAUCUCAUGAAGGUGUGAACAGCGUUGUGACCAUAGAAAUAGAACAGGAGUAGAAUGGACAGUGAAACACUGUUUUCCUUGGUGGAGAUUAUUGUUCGUUGUUAUGGUGACAGCACAUGUCAGUGGAGCCGUAAAGUGUCUAGCUUUGCCACUAAGGCCAAUUCGUACUUUCUUUCUUCCAGUACUUGCUUGUAAAAGGGACAGCCAGCAUGGCAGGACUACACACACACACACACACACACACACACACACACACACACACACACUAGAAGCAGACGCUGUUGUUUUAAACGUCACGCUACAAUGAGUGAAUGUUUCCACAUGGACGUUUUUGGAUGCAAGGGAUCACCACGCUUCCCGGCAUUGGACGCUUGAUGGGCUGCCACUAGGCACUUGGCAAAUGAACUCUUCCACUCGUGGGCUGCUGCUCUCAGCUUUCAAACCGGAACAAACAUGGCAGCUUAUUUGGAACCUUUGUCUCGUAUAUUCCGAAAAUAGUUUCUGAAAACAUUGUAGGCGAGAAAUAAGCCAUGCAGUUGCUGAAUCUGUCUUCAUUUUUAAAUCGACAACAGUUUGUUUAAAAGUGUUUCGGGAGUUUCCAGAGGCGCACUGGUGGGCCAUGAUUUGUAUAAAGUAGCCUAGACCUCAACUUUACGCAAAUGAGGAGUGGGCAAUGUUAACGCUACGCCACCAGGAUGCAUUGCACGGCUGCUUACAUAGAGGGAAGCAUGGAAAGGACGAAUCCUCUGGACACAUCCUAGGAGUCCGCGACUUAUUGCAAGUCAGCUUAUACGGACGUUAGGUUAGCCCGCUACAACAGUUUGCAAAGGCAACGGUACACCGGCCCGCACCGCUCUGACCAUCCUGCUCCGUUGAUUUGAAUGAUAACGUCCGUUCUACUCCUAUUCUCUAUUCUGUUUCUAUGGUUGUGACAGACCAGUGGGUUGGUCACUCACAAGAAAGCCUUGUGUAUCUUUACAUGUGUCCUUCUGGACAAAACAAAGCACUGUCAGCAUUAUAUGUAGUAUACAGUCAUAGAUGUAAAUACGUAUGUAUCUGUGUGUACAGUACGGACAAAUCUCAAAUUAACGUGGACUUGUUUCGCACAACUUGCACAACACUCAACAAACUCUCAGUAGUAUCAGGGACUAAAGUGUUGUUUUUUUAUCCUCCUGUAUUCAUUUAAUUUCACCCUAAGUGUAUUUUUCAAUACACAACUGCAGUUAUGACUGUAUUUAUUGUACUUUUUAUGAUUGUUCUGAUUUUUCCGUCCCACCACUAUGAAAUAAUGUGGUGUCUGAGUCAGUGUGAACACAGAGGUACAGCACUCUUUCCACGUAUUUUGUUUAUAUGUGAGUUUUUUUUGAAGGGGGAGGCUGGGGGGGGGGGGGUUGAGAGGUAUCAAGGUUAGGCUAAGGAAAUAGUAUUUUAAACUAACUAUUUGAUAAAAGAAUGAAUUUAACCCGUGUACAGCCCUUAUGCUCGUUUGUACUAAAUGUUUCAAUGACGUCCGAGGAAUAAAGCCUCAUCCAUGUAGGCAUCUCGUUUUGACUUUUUAAAAA